CUAUCAUACCCCUUCAGUCAUAAAUCAUGUGGGAUGCUCUAAGCUUUCCCGGCUUGGUGCGGCUUAACUAUGUAAUAUCUUACUCGUCACGCAAUUGCAUGGCAUUUCGUCUCAUUGUGGGUAAAGUUAGGCUACUCCUAUAUAAAUGCAAAACAGACGCGACCCGAAGAAUCCGUGAAAAGUUAGAGGACAACUUGCGCCUGCAAAGUGACGAGAAUGGGGCAAGGCGAUAACACAAUAACUUGGGUUCAUUCACGGAAUGAAGACACCGACCAUGACGACCUCAAAGUGCAGGACUCCUUGAAAGUGAUCGAAUCGCAUAUACUUCAAGAGAGGCAAAUUGGUGUAUUCGGGGCUAUUUCACUAAUUGUGAACAAAAUUGUUGGCGCUGGAAUAUUCUCAACGCCAGCAACAAUUUUCAAACUCAGUGGGAGUGUCGGCAUGUCUUUGAUGCUAUGGAUUGUUGCAGGCAUGAUCUCUACAUGCGGCGCUUUGGUAAUGUUGGAGUUUGGUACCGGCAUUCCGCGAUCUGGAGGCAUUAAGAUCUACCUUGAACGAUCAUUUUCUCCAAAACUCCUACAAACUUGCAUCUAUCUGUUCUACUGCGUUUUCCUCCAGGUUUCCGCAAGUAACGCCAUCACGUCCUCCUCCUACCUUCUUUUAGCCGGAGGAGUCGAGUCAACCACCUGGAAAUUGCGAGGCGUGGCUAUUGCUGCUGCUGCCUUUGCAGUAAGUAUCCAUACAGUUGUACCAAGGGUAGGAAGAGGAUUGCAAGAUCUCCUGAGCGCAGUCAAGCUCUUCACAUUACUUUUUAUCGUAUGCACUGGAUUUGCUGCUCUUGCCGGUCAUCGCAGAGUCCCUGAUCCGCGGAACUUCGAUGUCAGCACUUCUUUCAAAGGCACAUCUAACAAUGGCUACAAUAUUGGUACUGCGCUAUUAGAUGCGAUCUUCUCUUUUCAAGGUUAUGAUAAUGUCAAUGCGGUUCUGUCGGAGGUGAAGAAUCCCAAGAAGACCCUUCGUAUUGCCCUGCCAUCGGCGAUGGGUAUAAUUACCGUUCUCUAUGUUCUAGCAAAUGUAGCCUAUUUCGCCGCAGUGCCAAAAGAGGAGUUCACCAACUCCAAUAUUACGAUCGCAGCAUCACUAUUCAAAAAUGUUUUCGGAGACUCGGCCGGAUCUAAGGCUCUUCCUGCCCUUGUUGCCAUCUCUGCCAUUGGCCAUCUCCUCGGUAUUGCAUAUACAGUCCCCCGUGUCCUGCAGGAACUUGCUAAAGACGGCAUCACACCCUUCCCUAAUAUCAUGAUGCAGAACCGCCCAUUCCGGACACCCAUUAUCGCACUGGCUGUUCAUCUAGGCAUCACAGUGCUAUUCAUCUGUGCACCACCAGCAGGAGACGCCUUCAACUUUAUCGUCAGCCUUAGUUCGUACCCUACUACCUUCCUCUUGACAGCCAUCACAGUGGGUCUAGUCAAGCUUCGCCUAUCCAAGCAUGAAAAUUGGACCUCCGCAUUCACCGCUCCAUGGGUGGUGAUUGGAUUCUAUCUCGCGGGUAAUAUCUUCCUAAUCAUCAUGCCUUUUAUCCCGCCGCCCAACGGAAAGGGAAACACCAAUCUUCCCUACUGGCUGAGCCCGGUUGUUGCUCUGGGCAUAUUGUCAUUGGGUAUCAUCUAUUAUUUUCUGCGGUUUGUCUUGUUUCCUUGGGUCUUUAGGUACGCAUUGCAGCCUGUUGCUGUGGAACUCAGCGAUGGGUCACAGGUCACUAGGUAUAGGAUUCGGAAGAUAGGUGAUUCCAGUUAGACAUAGCGAUGGCUUAAUAUAUAUAUAUUUUGAA